AUGACCUGCACAAUUGACUUCAGCUGCCUAGACGAAGGCUUCGGUGGCAAAACCUACAAGCGCAAGUGGAACCCCGAAGCCGCCGCCGACGACGAAGAUGCCGCCAUGGAAAUCGACGCAGCCUACCCACGACCGGCGAAGCGAUCCGAGGUGUCCUCCUCGGACAAGCCGGACAAACAAGUCUUUGGUCGGCCGAGCUACGACGUAGUGAUCACCGGGAAGGUCUCCGGGCGGAAGUGGAAGCAGCCGCGGAAGCAGAGGUCAUCGAAGGUUCAGGUGAGCCGGAAGGGGACGACGUUUGAGGAGAGGGAGAAAAACAAGUCGGUGAAGAAGGCGUACAAGGAGAGAAUGGCGGAGCUGAAGGGGGAGAUUAAGAGGAACAAGGAGGAGAAGAGGAGGAAGAGCCUGAGGGAGAAGAAGAAGAAGGAGAAUAUUCUGAAGACUUGGACCAAGCUGCAGAUUAUUUCCAAAAAAAGGGCUAGGUAA